GACUGUACUGAAUUACUUCCAACUCGUUUCUGCUGCUAUCUCUCAAAAUCCAACUUAGCGGAAUAGCUUUCCGCUAUCCUUGCUUGACGCGAUACCAAGCUCAUUGUCGCAGCAAAAGCCUUCAAAUCGCAAAAAUGGCUGCCGCCGGGUCCUUUGAGGCCACAGCGUCCCAGGAGCUGCGCGUGCAGAUCGAGUUGGAACGGUCCACUGAGUGCUCAGACUCGCAAUGGCACACACGGCACAGUGAGGAGAAGUACGACCGCUAUGAACAGAGCUUUGUGGAGUGUCUUACAAACGCCUGCGCCGGGAAAGAUUACGUGUACCUCUGCAAUCCGGGACCUAAGGUAAGCAUUGAGAUGUUUUUUGCUGAUGUUUCUGGCCGAAGAAGUUCACAAAUCACAUUGAUUUUCAAUGAACUAAGUUCCCAAUGUCGCACGAAGAGAUCUUCGAAGAACAAAUCAAACCUCAGGCGUACGGUAUGCACUGCCGAAGAUCGCCGUACAACAGCAAGCUGUGGCACUCGAUGAUUAAGAACGACAAGACGCAGAAGUGGUACCAGGAUGUCACGUUCUGCUACCCCCGGGUCGGGUCCUUCGAGGUCUCCGUCGUCAAGGGUACAAAACGCAUCCCCGUGUUUUCCAAGCUCACUUUACGGAAGUGGCCGCACGUCGAGGCGCUCACGAAAAAGGUGAUCGAAACCGUGGAGACCAAGCUCGGGGGCUGGGAACCCUUGGCGUUCCUGGACGACAGUGCGAAGACUUCGGUGGAGUCGACGAGGUAUCAGGAUUUUUGGUCGAGCCAUUACGUUCAGGCUUAGAAAUCAAUAUAAUGAAUUUUGCUUUUGGACAUUAUCACGCACUACAACAGGCAUUCCGCGAAGAUGACGGAUGACGAGCUGAGAAACAUGAUCAAAAAGAAGUUUUCCACCGUCAUUGGCGCCUUCCGCGCGUUCGACAAAAACGGCGACGGCUGCAUUUCCAAGGCGGAGUUUUCGAAAGGGCUCAAGUCCGCGGGAAUCGAUUUGCCCAAGAACCAAGUCGAGCAGCUCUGGAGUAGAACUAAUUAUUUUAUUGCAACUUCAAAAAUUUAAAUUUGUACGUUGUGCUAUUCACGAUGUUGUGAUUCGAAGUUCUGUCACGAAUUCAUGUAGCAAUUCAUCUCAUUCUCAUCCCAGGUAUCGCGGACGACGAUGGUGGAGGUAAUCUGCAGUACCAGGAAUUUGCCCGGAAGUUUGCGAGCUACAAAGCCAGCCAUUCGUUACACCGCCACGCCGACUUCAAGAAGGAAGGUCAGCAGGCCCUGAUCCAGCAGCUGCACGGCAGCGAUGCUGCCACCCGGGUCGCCAAGCGGGCCAGCAUCCGGAAGGAGGACGGCGAGCCGCUCGUGUGGGGCGUGGAAGGGGGUGAAAGUCAAGAGGAACAAACGUCGGCACAGGGAACCAGUUCCAGUAGCUCCCGGUCAUCGAGCAAGCAGACGACCUCCGCGCCAUCUUCGAUCCAGGGCAUUUCCCGCGACGGCGCGCAGAUGUCUCUGCCAGUGGAGGAGAUGAACAUCGACCAAAUUCGGGCGAAAAUCUACAAGAAGCACGGCAGUAUCCUAAACGCGUUUCGCCACUUCGACAUUGAUGGCGACGGGGUCAUCGAUUUUGGAGAGUUCAAGCAAUACUUGCCAACGGUAUCAAAAAGGGAUUGGCUGUUUGUCAUGCAGUAGUUUGAACCGCGCAAUUUUUAUUUUUCUUUACGUUUCAUUUCUCUUGUUCGAUUUGUGCGUCACAGCAAACAUAUUUCGUGUGAAAUCAACCAAACCCCUCUCCAGGCCCUCGGCGAGCCGGUUUCCGAGGAUAAAUUGCAGGAGAUUUGGCAGGCGCUAGACCCGGAUCUCUCGGGUGCGAUCGAAAUGAAAGAGUUCGUUUCCACCGAGCUCUUCCUUGACGGGCGGCAUUUGCAAACGAUGCAGGGCCUAGCGAUUUUCAAAGACACGGCGAAACUCGACCCGGUGGCCUUCGGACGGAUUUCCGCGCAACCGACAGAAAAAGUGCUGAAAAAGGACUCCCCGUCGGACUCGUCGCUGAGCACCAAUGUCGAUCCACUGCUGAAGUCCGCCAGUUCAGCGUCAGAAACCUCACCGUUGGAGCCACCGCAGAUUAUCGGAGGGAAUGCAGACGUGCCGAUCUUGGCGUAAAGUGAUGUAUUGUGUCAGUACGCGAUUUUUAAGUUCUUACUCUGUAUGAAAUAACGUAUGAAUACCGAAACAAAAUCAUGUCAAAAUGAACCCUUGCAGCUAGACCUAGAAAGGCUCCUAGGACCAGCGUAUAGACAAAAUUUAACUUAAUGAACCAGCUUAAGCCUCGCUCUCAGUGUCUUGAAAUGCUUUUACGGAAGAUCCCUUGACGAAAUAAAUGUUGAUAUAGUUGAGCUUUUUGUUUCCUCUUACGUUUCAAGGGGGCGCCGCGUUCCUGACUCAGGACCGUAGUAGAAGUGCAUGCUUGCCUUCAAAUUGAUUCAAAUGGACUUAGAACUUUCCUUUUUCUACUUCUCUUCUCCCUGACUCUUCGUGUUAUUCACACGUUGGAGCUACAGGUGUUGCAUCAAAACGUACCUCUGAGCAGACUAAGAAAAUAUUCGAGAAAAUACCGAAUUUGGAGCCACAAUGGAUGAAAGUACAAUACGCCGGUUUGACUUGUUAUUUGGACUUCAAGCAAUUACCAACCUUUACCUUUUCCUUUGCACCGUGGGCACUGC